CAUCCGCCCCUACCUUUCAAGGUUCUCCUUAGGUUCUUGUAAUUUUAUCUUCUAUCCUCUUAUAUUUCCAUAACUCUUUUCACAAUGUCCAUUUGGGACUCCCUCAGCGGCCGCAAGCAAACCGGGCCCGAUGCCUUCGACCCGUCAACCGCGCAAGACGCCACAUCCUUCCUCUCCGAGGUCGCUAUUCCCGAUCCCUCUCGCCUCCACCCCCUGGCUGGUCUGAACCAGGAUGCCCUCGACUACCUCUCCCUCGAUGACUCCGCCCUUGACGAACUCCCCGGCUCCCGAUCAGUGUUGCCAUCCCGUGGAUGGUCAGACGACCUUUGUUAUGGUGCCGGCACUACCUAUCUCGUUGCACUCGCUACUGGAGGCGCAUGGGGACUUGUAGAAGGAUUGAAGAAGACACCAUCCACGGCAGCACCAAAAAUUCGUCUUAAUGGUGUACUCAACUCGGUUACCCGUCGCGGUCCGUUCCUCGGAAACUCGGCUGGUGUUGUGGCUAUGGUUUACAACGGAUUCAACUCGGGCCUCGGAUAUGUGCGAGGCAAGCACGAUGCGUCUAACAGCAUCGUUGCCGGCGCAUUGAGCGGCAUGGUCUUCAAGAGUACGCGUGGAAUUAAGCCAAUGAUGAUCUCUGGCGGCAUUGUGGCUUCCAUUGCCGGUGCCUGGGCUGUGACUCGAAAGGCCUUCUUCUAGAUUGCUAGCAUGGCCAGUUUUAUCCUACUCCGCUUCUCGGUUAUCCGACGCUCCAUACCCUCCACGCCACCCUUAAACGACAUUGGCGGUUGACGAUUAGCCGCCUUGCUUUGUCUUUCCACCUGCGAUGUAUUACAACUAUUUUUUUAUUCCCCCUGCGGGUCUCUUCACUCCGGCGCUUCAAGCUUCAUGUUUCGCAUUUAUGCGUGGGUUGGGAAUGGGAUGUGCAACUGGGUUUGUACUUUGUAUUUCUUCUGUGUACAUAGAAAAGUCUCUUGCAUACCUGCGAUUCAUUGGCUAUGGCGCUUGCAAGUGUCUGUCAGUUACGUAUUUUAAUGCUGCUAGUGACUUCCAAUAGACAAUUUCUCACACAUCCUGAC